UAGAUUUGUUGUAAAUGUAAUGUGAUGAUAAAGGUUAUAAAUUUUUGUAUUUGUGUUUGUAUUGCUAUAUCCUCGUCAAUUUUUAUUUACACUUUUGAAAGAGGAGUCAUGCGAGAGAAAUACCAUUUGAAACAGCUCCAGUUCAGCUCCAUACUCGCACAGAAGAUUCAUCAACAGCCCAUCAACGAGUUCCAGUCGAUUAAACAAACAAACAUAAUUCCUUACCCAUCAAAGAAAAUAUUAACCCAAAAACACAAGCAAUCCAAUUUCCAAUCAGCCACCAUUACAGACUCCGACAUAGUAAAAUGGAACGGAACAAUCACUGCGCACAUGCGCAACGGACAACUUCACUCUGCGCUUCAAGUGUUCAACUCCAUGCCUCGUCGAACCACAGUUUCGUACAAUUCAAUGAUCUCUGGGUACUUAAGGAAUGGAAAAUUUGACCUUGCACGAGAACUGUUUGAUAAAAGUCCUGAGAGAGAUUUGUUCACGUGGAAUGUGAUGCUUAGUGGGUAUAUUAGGAACAAGAAUCUCACUGAUGCUCGUGCAUUGUUUGAUCGAAUGCCGAGUAGGGAUGUUGUUUCUUGGAACGCAAUGCUUUCUGGGUAUGCUCAGAAUGGGUGUGUUGUUGAGGCUAGAGAAAUAUUUGAUCAAAUGCCUGUUAAGAAUUCCAUUUCUUGGAAUGGUUUGCUUGCGGCGUAUGUGCAGAAUGGGCGAAUAGAGGAUGCAAGGAGGUUAUUUGAGUCCAAGAUUGAUUGGGAUGUUGUUUCUUGGAACUGUUUGAUGGGUGGGUUUGUUAGGAGGAAGAGGUUAGCGGAUGCGAGGAGACUUUUCGAUAAGAUUCCUGGGCGAGAUGAGGUUUCGUGGAAUACUAUGAUUACGGGUUAUGCGCAAAAUGGAGAGUUGGACGAAGCAAGGAGGUUGUUUGAGGAGUCUCCAACUCAGGAUGUGUUCACUUGGACUGCUAUGGUUUCUGGAUUUGUGCAAAAUGGGAUGUUGGAUGAAGCUAGAUGUAUUUUUGAUAAGAUGCCGGAAAAGAAUUCAGUGUCAUGGAAUGCGAUGAUUGCAGGAUAUGUACAAUGUAAGAGGAUGGACAUGGCAACAGAGCUGUUUGACGCAAUGCCUUUUAGAAAUAUAAGUUCUUGGAAUACAAUGAUAACCGGAUAUGCUCAGAGUGGAGAUAUGGCCUGUGCCAGGAAUUUCUUUGAUAGGAUGCCUCAGCGUGACUCCAUCUCUUGGUCCGCCAUGAUCGCCUGCUAUAUGCAAAAUGGUUGUAAUGAAGAGGCUGUGCAUCUUUUUGUUGAAAUGAAAAGAGAUGGGGAAAGAUGGAACAGGUCCUCAUUUACUUCUGCUUUAACUGCUUGUUCCAACAUUGCAGCUCUAGAGUUAGGUAGGCAAUUGCAUGGAUUGCUGGUUAAGGCUGGAUAUGAGACUGGUUGUUUUGUGGGGAACGCUCUUCUUGCCAUGUAUUGCAAGUGUGGAAGCAUAGAUGAAGCACAUGAUGCAUUUCAAGAAAUAACACAUAAGGAUAUAAUCUCAUGGAAUACCAUGAUUUAUGGUUAUGCGAGGCAUGGAUUUGGCAAAGAGGCUCUGAUUCUCUUCGAGUCAAUGAAGACAGCUGGUGUUGAGCCUGAUGAAGCCACUAUGGUUAGUGUGCUGUCGGCUUGUGGUCAUACUGGCUUGGUUGAGAAAGGAAAGGAAUAUUUUCAUUUGAUGAAUCAACAGUAUGGUAUAAGGGCGAAUUCAGUUCAUUACACUUGCAUGGUUGAUCUUCUUGGUCGAGCGGGACGCUUGGAAGAGGCCCAAAAUUUAAUUAGAAACAUGCCAUUUGAACCAGAUGCUUCAACAUGGGGAGCUUUACUGGGUGCAAGCAGGAAACAUGGUAAUACUGGAUUAGGUGAAAAGGCUGCUGAGAUGAUUUUCAAGAUGGAGCCUGAAAACUCAGGUAUGUAUGUUCUUCUCUCAAAUUUAUAUGCAGCUUUAGGAAGAUGGCCUGAUGUUAGUAAGAUGAGAAUGAAAAUGAGGAAUGAAGGUGUGAAAAAGGUACCUGGGUAUAGUUGGCUUGAAGUGCGAAACAAAGUUCAUACAUUUACAGUUGGGGAUUGCUUCCAUCCAGAGAAGGAUAAAAUAUAUGCAUUUAUAGAAGAGGUAUAUUUGAAAAUGAAGCGUGAGGGAUAUUUAUCCUCUACAAAAAUUGUUUUACAUGAUGUGGAAGAGGAGGAAAAGGAGCAUAUGCUCAAGUAUCACAGUGAGAAGUUGGCUGUGGCAUAUGGUGCUCUAUCCAUACCUGAAGGUAGACCUAUUCGUGUUAUUAAAAACUUGCGUGUGUGUGAAGACUGUCACAAUGCCAUCAAAUACAUCUCAAAAAUUGAGGGAAGACUGAUCAUAUUAAGAGAUAAUAAUCGAUUUCACCACUUCAAAGGGGGUUUGUGCUCUUGUGGGGAUUACUGGUGAAACUCGGAAAACUUAAGGAUCUUAAUGCAUCUGCAUAUACUACCAGGCCGAUCAACACAGAACCAUAAAUUUGUCCUUGAAGAAGAAGGAUCCUUUCUUGUUUCUCUAGAAAAGCUGCUGCUGAAUUCAUUCAGAUUCGGUACUCAGGCUGCUAAUAUUUUGAAAGGAGCUUUCUCAUUAACUGGCAAUCCAAGCUUUUUAACGGUGUGUUGUGUUGAUAGCAAGUGUUACUACCAUUAGAGAGAAACAAAGCAUAUGACAACCGUACUGACCAUGAAGCGUUCUCCAUCACUAUGGGCAUGGAGUUCAAAUCCAAAAAUGAAUGGAUUUUGAAAGAUGGGUGAUGAAAUAAGGAGAAACAGUUCAGGAGUUGGACGCUGCUCCAUUGCGUGCAUGGGAGAAGAAACUAUUUCAGGAAGUCAAGGGUUUUAUAUUGUUACUACGUUUCAGCUAUAAGAAAUAUAACCAAGUUGUAAAAUAUGAGGCCUGAACUGCUGUACCUCUGGAAGCACCAUCAACUACAUGCUUGCAUAGGUCUUGUGUGAGAAAUGACAGCUGAUGUAUUCCUUCUAUGAGUUUCGUAUUUGGGUACAGGCAAGACUGUCUCAAAAGCUGCUACAAGUAAGGCCACCUUCCUCUUUCUAGCCGGAGCAAGUUUGGUGACAGCUUGUCGGAGUGCAUAAUCAACCAUCCAUUCCUCAGAAUUUUUUCUAUCAUCCAUGAUCUGAUGCUUGAGAUCAACCUUUUCUGCAUCUGGGUCGGGAAUAACAGGAAGAAAAUUUGGUUCUCUUGGAUUGAAAUCCCUUUCUUCGUCUGACUCCAUGAUGGGUUUCUCACACUGGAUUGUCCAUUUCCCAUUGCAGAUGCUGGAAAGUUCUUGGGACUUCCUUCCUUGUCGCUGGUAUCUAGACCCUAGUCCUGGACUGGUUCCAUUAUCGGCUGUAAGCACUGAUUGUGCUGUAUCUGGCUCUGUGUCGACUUCUGCUUCCGUCUUUUCAACUUCUGCUGCAUCAUUUUCAGCUGAACUGAUCGUACAGAUUCCGGAAUUGCUGUGUUCCUGAGAAUCCAUUGCAUUGGGAGUGUUGAGUUUGUUAGUUCCAUCUUGAUCUUUCUCCAGUAAAAUAUGAUUCUCAACAAUUUCAUCGGCUAACUCUUGACUUAAACUAUUUAUUUCUGAAAUUGUGUCAAAUUGGAAAGCUUCAGCUGUUAUGGGGUUUUGGUUAUCAUUUACCAUGAUAUCUUGAUCAGCAUCUUCACGCUUCUCAUCAAGAAUACCUUCCAGUUCAGGAUCACUGUGUCGGCUUUGUGAGUCAAAGGAGGCAGUUUCUUGUUCAAAGAGUUCUUGAAGUACCUCAUCAGCUAGAGUCUCUUCAGUGUAGUUGCUGAUCCUAUCAUCUGAUAUAAUGAUCUCAGGCUCAUUAGGAUAAUCAAGCUCCUUGCUUUCUGAAAGGUAGUCACCAAUGAUGCAGAAAUCUUUCUCAGGCUUGUUCAGAUGUUCAACUUCAUUAUAAAUCUCUGAGAUGGAGCGUUGUCCCUCUUCCCACUCCAUAUCACUAGCUUCAAGUAUGUUAUCACCUUCUUCUGUGCUUGCAUAAUCAGUGUCCAUCUGCAAUGAUGUAUCAGUCACCUCCUCAGCAUCUUGCUGCAUGUUGUCUUGUUCAGCUGCUGCAUCGCUGCUAUGCAUGGAGGAGGAAUCACUGUGUUCUCCAGCAAAAUCAAUUGUUCCGUUACCAUCAUCUGCAAGGCUUUCAGUUGCUUCCGCACCAUCAUCUAUACUUGUGGCAUAGAUUUCAAUAAAGAAAUCUGCUUCAUACUGUGGAGACUUUUCGCCAGAAAAAAUCAAUACCUCAUUGCCAGUUUUUUCUGUCCCGUCAGUUGAUGGUUUAGCUCGAAAUGGAGAUGGCACAACAGGUUUCGCGUUCUUCUGGGCCUUCAUUGAACGUCUUUUUGCCUUCAAAAAGCUCUUCAAGGGAGGCGCAGGUUCGUGGUGAUGACCAUUAAGAGAGCAGUAUGUAUAAGGACAGACCUUCAGGAUCGAAGUUCCUUCUGCGUCUGUACCUCCAGGAUUGAGCAUCAAAUAAGCAGGAAACUUCGAGUCCUUUAAUGUUGAAGAACAGGUAGCCUUCUGUACAUCUAUAUCUGCACAUAAAGCUACUCUGGAACAUCUCUUUGUAGCGCAUCUCACCGGUUUAAAACUGGGACUCUUCGUUAAAGUUCUCACACGCUUCAAACUAGAUGACCUAGUUAGACUCCUAAUUGGUGUAUCGCUAAAAGAAGAGCUGAGCUUUGAAUUGCUCGAAUUUCUCCGGCGCAGAUUCUUACUAUCCGAGGGAGUUGGAGUAUUGUAGGAACGAUCUUUUCUUGCCUCGGAGCUGCUCGUAGCCUUCAUGUAAUUCGGUGAACUGCCAGUUGUUUUGAUCAUAGGCUGCUUGUGUGGGGUUGCUGCGAUGAUCGAAGGACUGAGAGGCGGCAGCUUAGCAGGUGAUGAAUUCAAGCUCUCAAUAGCUGAAAGUUUGAUUGAUCUUGACCUUUUCAUUUUCUUUUUCAUAUCUGAUCCUCUGUUCUUGCCAUCUUGGCUCUGACAAGAAGAUGGUUUCAGAUUUCCGAACCGCUUCUCUGUUUUAACAUGAUCAGCUUGGAUUCCAAGCUUGCUGCUGGGUACUUUUCUUUGCACCAUCUUCAAAGAAAAUCAAGCAACAUGAAUCAAAACAGUGGUUUAAGGUAAGUUUUCUUUUCUUGAAGGUCGGGGUUUGGAAGAAAAGCGGUUUCUUUGUAGUUUGAUGAAAAGAUAUGGAAAAACUUGAAUAGCACACAAGUAGAGAUUCUUCUUGAUUUUAUUUCCUUGGGUUUAUGUUUGGUUAGCUUUCAAUAGUGAUAGGCAUAUCAAAUUUGAAUAAGGUUGAGCUAGGAGUUUGAUGCUGACUGCCAACAUAGGUGGUUUGGGUCCAUUUCUUUAAGGCAUCUUCUGAAUUAAAUUAUUGCGUAUAUGGCAUGGGAAUACUGCAUCUUUUUCAAGAUUAUGUUAAAGAAUUGACAAUUAGGUACCCUAACCCAUCAUCUCUUUUUGUGAAAUGACAGAAACCCCCCUGAAUCAUUUGGAUAAAGGGAAGGGUCCAUUUCUUCAUUAUGCAUAUUGAUAAGCAUCUCUCUUA